CUCCCUCUAGUGGCAGCAACUUCACUUCUCAUUUGGAAUUUUGAAUAAAGGUAAGAUUACAGCCACAGAAAACGCAAAAACUCCAGGAUGCUGUGGACGCUGAAGGCACUGACCACGCUGCUGUCCUUGACGUGUCUGCGGGCGAUCGAGGAGGAGGACAUCAGAGCGGGCUGUAGUACUGCAGUCAAUGACCUGGUGUACAUCCUUGACGGCUCGUGGAGUGUCGGCACCACGGACUUCGAGACGGCCAAGCGUUGGCUGGUGAACAUCACAAGCGGCUUCGACGUGGGUCCGCUCUACACGCAGGUGGCCGUGGUGCAGUACAGCGACACGCCGCGGCUGGAGAUCUCGCUGGGCCAGCACCAGAGCGCGGCGGAGCUCGUCGCCGCCAUCCGGGACGUCGGCUACCUCGGUGGCAACACGCAGACCGGACGCGCCAUCAAGUUCGCCAUCGACCACGUCUUCCCCACCUCCACGCGCUCCGAGGCCGUCAAGAACCGCAUCGCCGUAGUGGUGACGGACGGCAAGUCACAGGACGACGUGGUGGACGCCAGUGUGGAGGCGCGGGCGCAAAACGUCAUCCUCUUUGCCGUCGGCGUGGGCGACGAGACCACCACGUCCGAGCUGGUGGCCAUUGCCAACAAGCCGUCCACAGACUACGUGCUCUACGCUGAGGACUACACCACCAUCGACCGCAUCCGAGACUCCAUGCAGCAGAAGCUUUGUGAAGAGUCGGUGUGCCCGACCCGUAUCCCUGUGGCCUCCCGUGAUGAGAAGGGCUUCGAGCUGCUGGUGGGGAUGAACAUCCACCUGAAGGCCAGGAAGAUCCCGGGCUCCCUGGCGUCGGAAGCAGCCUACCACCUGGACAAAGGGGAUGACAUCACAGAGAACACCAGGGAGAUCUUCCCAGAGGGACUGCCCCCUUCCUACGUGUUUGUGGCGACCAUUCGUCUGCGUGCAUCCCUGCGCAAGGAGAAGUUCGACCUCUGGAGGGUGCUGUCCAAGGACAAGGCCACUCAGGCUGCAGUCACCCUAAACGGCGCCGACAAGUCUGUCACCUUCACCACCACCGACCUGGCCAACGGUCAACAGAAGAUCACCUUCAACGCUCCAGGGGUUGAGAGGCUCUUUGACGAGGGCUGGCACCAGCUGAAGGUGCUGGUCAGGCCCCGCCAUGUCACCUGUUUCCUUGACGACGUCCAGGUGCAGGACGAGAGGCUGGACCCGGUGGUGCCCAUCUACAUCAACGGAAAGACGCAGAUCGCAAAGAAGCUCAGCGCAGAGGCCACCGCUCCUGUGGAAAUCCAGAAACUGCGGCUGUACUGUGACCCUGAGCAGAGUGAGCGGGAGACGGCGUGUGAGAUCUACUCUGUGGAUGAUGAGAGGUGUCCACUGGACCGUGAGCCUGCAGUCGAAGAGCCAGCAGAAAAGGAGUGUGACUGCUCCAAAGGUAGCCCAGGACCACCGGGAUCUCCUGGACCAAGGGGCCUCCGUGGAGAGCGAGGAAGAGAUGGACCUCCAGGACCAGAUGGGAAGACUGGCCAGCCAGGGCCAAGAGGAGAGUCCGGAGAGCUGGGGGGCCCAGGGGUGAAGGGAGACAGAGGGGAACAAGGCCUUCCAGGGAUGCCAGGACCACCGGGACCCAAGGGUCCAAGUAUGGCGCGAUCAAACCUAGGGACCGUUGGGAUGCCAGGAAAGAGGGGAUUGCCAGGAGAAAGGGGAGCAGCAGGACCUAAAGGAGAUGCCGGACCCAUGGGGGAGUCGGGGAUCCCUGGCAACGACGGGCUAGACGGACCUACUGGACCAAAGGGUGAUAAAGGGGAACGCGGGUUGCCAGGUCCUGAUGGGACGCAAGGAGUGCCGGGCAUUCGAGGUCUUCCUGGACAAGCUGGCCAAACUGGACCUCAGGGGGAGAAAGGACCCCAAGGAGAGAUGGGGACACUCGGGCCUAAAGGACCUCCGGGGGCUGGAGGCCCAGUGGGCCCACCUGGACUGGACGGCCCUGAGGGACCAAAGGGCACGCCUGGUGAUCCUGGUGCAGCUGGGACUCCUGGAGAGUCAGGUCCCAAGGGCAUGAAAGGAGAGGCGGGGUUUCCAGGGUUACAAGGACCAAUGGGACUGCCUGGGUUCAAAGGCCAUAAGGGAGAGCCAGGUGAAGAGGGCCCUCGAGGAGAUCAGGGAGAGCGAGGCAGCGAUGGAACCCCUGGAAUCCCAGGCACGCCGGGUGAAGCGGGGCUCAGGGGAAGCAAGGGAGAGAAGGGCGUGGUUGGGGACCCUGGGCCCAGGGGCCUGGAUGGGAAGAAGGGAGACGUGGGACACGUCGGAAUCGUCGGACCACGAGGAUCUCCAGGACAAGACGGGUUACCAGGACAAAAUGGCCUUCCUGGAUACCCUGGAAAGCCUGGAAAGCCUCCCUCCGAUGAGCACUUGCUAAAGCUAUGUGGAGACAUGCUGAGGAACCAGCUGCCCCAGUUGAUCCAGUCCAUGGUGCCCAGGAGCUGUGAGCAGUGUGAGACGGUCAAAGGGCCCCCGGGUCACCCUGGCACCCCGGGCCCCAAGGGCACCAUGGGGAACCCCGGAUAUCCAGGCAGGCCCGGCUCACAAGGAUACCCCGGACCCCCAGGCAUGCAGGGACCCCCUGGGGUCAAAGGUGACCCAGGACUGAAGGGCCUUAAAGGCAGUAAAGGUGAAGGAAGACCAGGUCAGCCAGGACUCCCUGGACCAAUGGGUGCCCAGGGACCGCGCGGAGGAGACGGGGUGGGGCUUGCGGGGGCCCCUGGGAUGCCGGGCAAAUCCGGGAUCCCAGGCCUUCCGGGAAAGCGUGGUGCCCCGGGUCCAGCGGGCAUGUGCGACAUGUCUCUGUGCUACCAGGCCUAUAGCCACAGGGAGGACCGCUUCAGCAAAGGGCCCAACUUCUAACCGCACACACACACACGCACACACACACGCACACACACACAUACCCUAUGGCGCUGUGAUCAUGACCUGCUCGCAGAGACCCAGGGGGACACAGGACGUCUGGGGGAAAUGGACAGCAUAUCAUCUCAUUCAACGUCUGACUGCUCCAACUUAGCGUCUCACAGUCAAUCAGAGUGACCAAACCAAAAGGCCAGUGCUGACUGUAGUGGACUAUUCUUACCUGUAAAACGAUGCUCUCAACAGCCUCCAUGUGCCUUGAUUAAAGACUGACGCCAACUUGUCAUGACAUCAGGAUGUUUUUACGAUUUAGAACAUUUCUAGUGUAGAAGAGGAUAGCUCUGAAUACUAAUAGCCAUGGCAUGUUGGACAGAAACGAGUACAUAAUAUGCACUGCCUUAGUUAAGCUACCUCCAAGCUGGACACGAGGCAUUUUGUAUAGUGGAAUAAGGCACCCUAAGCGAAGUUAGGAUUCAGUGUUUUAAUUAUAUGGAUCAGAGACCUUUGUCCGAUUUGGACUUAAUGUCUGCUUAUCAUGAUUAGGCCACAGCGGACCGAGACAUUUGGCAGCCGGUAAAUUGAGCAGACUUAUGAUAGCCUAUGUUUUUGUCUGCUGAGGAUAAUCUUAAAAGGCAUGUAGUGCGUAGCAAUGUAAACAACCUGAAAGCAAGUUAUGUAAAGAUGACCCAUAUGGAAACGGUAUGGAUGUCAGAAUAUAUUAUUGAGUUACCAAAGAAUCCAAAAGUGAGUUGGAUGUAUAGGCCUCUAUGGAGCUAAACGACUCAGGAAUUUCUUUUGAUACUAUUUGACACAGUCAUUCCCAAACUAUCUACAGCAAGUUUCGGUGUCUUCACGCUUGUGCAUCUCUACCCUGGAGAGUUACAUUUAUGUUAUUUUAAUCACUACUAAUAUAUAUUAUAUAUAUUUGUUUUUUUCUGGUAUCUUUACAGACUGUAUACGUAUACGCUAAUAUGUAUAUUGCCUCCCUUUUGGGAUUUUACAUUUUAAACUUUUUUCUAUUCGGUGGAUGAUGGUGUUUACUUAUAGUUUGGGUCAAUGGAGAUAGAUCUCAUUUUAUUGAUAAAUUGGCAUUGAACCAAAUGAUUGCAAAUGAAUGAAAGCAUUGUAUUUCCUCCCGUCCAGGAUCUCCUAAACUGUGAUUGGUGGAGCCUUUGUGGUGUGUGUGUGUGUUAGGAUGUGUCUGUCUGUCCAUGAUUAAUGUGUGUAUUUGUGUGUGUAUAGUGUGUGAUUGUGUGUGGUAUGUAUGUUUAUGUAUGUGUGUGCGUCUGUGUUGAUUUUGUCACAUCUCUGUUUUACACAUUCCCUAUAUUUCUGACAUCAUCAUUAUCAAGCCCCUUCUACACUCAGCUAAAAGAUAAUGGUCUAGUGUGUGUGUAUGUGUGUGGUAUGUAUGUUUUGUGUAUGUGUGUGGUAUGUAUGUUUGUGUAUGUGUGUGGUAUGUAUGUUUGUGUAUUGUAUGUGUGUUUAUCAAGCCCUUUCUACGCUCAGCUAAAAGAUAAUUGUCUAGUGUGUGUGGUAUGUAUGUUUGUGUAUGUGUGUGUGUACAGUAUGUGUGUGGAAUGUAUGUUUGUGUAUGUGUGUGUGUGUAUGUGUGUGGUAUGUAUGUUUGUGUACUGUAUGUGUGUUUAUCAAGCCCCUUUCUACCCUCAGCUAAAUGAUAGUGGUCUACUGCACUUCUCAGCUAAAAAAGAAAGCAAUGUCUUACACAUUAUGUCUCUACAAAAUGUUAAUACUUUAAGGCAUGUAAGUUAUGUUGAUGUAGAGGAAUCUUUACUAAAAUUAUGAAAAUAUAAAUAAUUUGUACUUAUUACAUUUUAAUUUGUAAAUGUUCUGUGCAUGCUUGCAAGCAGCAAAUCUUCAGCAUAAAAUAUGAUUUCUUUGUAUAUGUAAGGACAUUUUUCAUACCACAAAUGUUAUAUAUGUAUUUUUUUAUUAGAUAUGUUUGGUUUCAGUUUGAAUUAUGCUGUUUAUAAGUUCAGCAGGGGGCAAAUAAUUCUCUAUUUUACUUGAAGUCAUUUGUCGACAGAAUUUUAUCAUAAGGAAAGUAUUAUAUUCACAUUAUUUUCAUCAUAUUUUUUCCUUUAAACAUUAAAACAAAUAAAUUCAAAUGAGGUGAGAUUAUGUGGUAUGCCAUUGGUUUAUUUUUCAUUUUUCAAUGUUAAUAUGGUGCUUUAUUGAUGUAACAAUUGUGUUGUUGUUACAGAGGAAAUUAAAAGUAUUUCAGUCAUUUUCA